UUAUUAUUACAUCUUUAUGUUAGUCUAUUAAAUUACACAACUACUUUGAAUAUUAAUUUUACACACACAAUGAUAUAUUAAUCGUGUAUAUAAAAUUUCGAGUCUCAUCGAAUUAUACUUUGUACUGCAUUAUAUAUUUUUAUUCUUAUUCGUUAUUAUCUUCUUUCUCGUUUUUUACCUUUACGAUAACUUUGUAUUAUACGAACGAGAACUUUGUAUUACACGCGCGAGGCAGACACUAUAUUAUCGAAUGCACGUAUCAUUAUGCAUUGAAUUAGCAAAUCAAUGGAGUGACAGAAUACACUAUUCCUGUAUUAUGAAAGGUUCAAUCACGUAAUUUACUGUUACGAAGAAGAGGGACAAUGAAAGGGAUGCAAUGUGUGCAAAUAAUUGCGCACUUGAUGUCCAUGAUGACAAAAUUACGGCUAUCUAUCGCAUGAAGAACACAACACAAAGAAUUGUUAAUAAUGCCUCCACGUUUCGCUUAGCAAACAUUCACAAAGCAUACAUUCUUAGUACUUCUUAGUACUUAAAAAUGAUUGAACGAAAAGACGUGUGGCAAAGUCGGUAUUAUACGGUUCCCCGAUUCUACAUGACUUUAGCCGGACUAUGGCCAUAUCAUCCGAUUCGCAAUAGGUGCUUGCGCUUCGUGCCUGUAUUUACAGUGUGCUCGAGUAUUCUUUUACCACAGUAUUUUACAGCAUUGAUUUUUACGCAGUUACUAUACAUGAGUAUCGCGAUGACAGAUCGUGACGAUUUGUUUGAAUGCAUGCCAACGGUAUUGAUCACAAUAAUAUUCAGCUUUAAAUUAGCGAGUAUAAUGGUAAAUACUAAGAAAAUAAAGGCUUGUCUGAAAACAAUAGAAGACGAUUGGUUGUCACUGACGGACAGUGAAAAGGCUAUUCUACAACGACACGCUAUAUACGGGCAAUACUUAACGAUAUUUUACGCAGUUUUCAUGCAAUUGACGGGGUUCCUCUAUAUGCUGAAGUCGAUCGUGCUGAUACUGAUAGAGGACACUUCGAAUUCGACCAGAUUAGCUGUAACGAAAUUACCUUUUCGUGUGGAAUAUGGCCACACGAUAGACCAGCAUUUCUACCCGAUUCUAGUCCAUUGUUACAUGACAGUGUUCUCUCAUGUGACUGCCACAGUCGCGGUUGACACCAUGUAUUACACCUUAAUUCAACAUGCCUGCGGGAUGUUUUCAAUUGUCGGACAUUCGCUGGAACGUAUCGGCCAGAAUAGCAAUGCCGAUUUCAAUCUGAAACCAGACAAAACGACAGAUUCUGAUUACCGUAAAGCUCUGGGAUGUUUACGUAGGCAUCUGCACGUAAUAGAAUUCGCAGAAUUGAUCGAGUCUACGUUUACAAAUAUAUUCCUGGUCAGCAUUAGCUUAAAUAUGAUUGGUGGCAGUAUAUGCGGUAUACAGGUGUUGAUAAAUUUGAACGAUACAAAAGAUAUAAUAGCGCCUCUCGCUAUUUAUAUUGCUCAACUUACUCAUCUUUUUUUACAAUUUUGGCAGGCACAAUAUUUAUUGGACUAUAGCACUAUUCCAUACGAAUCGAUUUGUAGGGCAAAUUGGUAUUAUACCUCGGAGAGAUGCAGAAAAGUCUUACUCUUAAUCAUGAAUAGAACUAUAUUGCCCUGCAGACUAACCGCUGGCAAGGUGAUAACUUUAUCUAUUGAAAGUUUUGGAGUGUUUUUAUGCAGUUUCUGGGAGUUCUUUUCAUAUCUAAAUCGCUUGUGUUAUGGAAGAUCUUUCGAUCGCAACGAUAUCAUUUCUAGUGAGAGACUGGAGAUUGCCAAUUCAAAUGGAAUAUGGCGAGAAACCGAAUCAUUCCUUGUACCCGGCAGUGCUACAUUCUUGCUGCCAUUGUGCAGUAUGACUGACGCAAAAGACAUGUGGCAAAGUCGACACUACAUUGUUCUUAAAUUAUACCUUAUUAUAACAGGGAUAUGGCCAUACCACAAACCUCGUGUCAGAUACGUACGUUUCGCGUUUUGGUUCGCGUUCGGCUUCACUAUUCUUAUACCCCAGUCUCUAUUCCUCUUAAUUCUACCAACCACUUUGGAUGACAUAUUCGAGUGUAUGCCGUCGAUAUGUGUCAGCAUAUUAUGCAGCUUUAAGAUUGCGAUCGUCAUGUUAAACAGUGACAAAGUAAAAAUGUGUUUUAAUAUCAUGGAAAAGGACUGGCUAUCAUUAAAGACAGAUACAGAAAGAGCUAUUCUACAGCGGCACGCUAAAUAUGGAUACUAUACAUCACUGUUUUUCACUGUUAUGAUGCAUACGACAGUGGGCCUUUUUAUACUGAAACCGAUCAUGUACACAUUGAUUAAUGAUGCUACCUUGAAUAUAACAACAAAAUCCACCAUACCGUCAGCGUCGAAGCUACCAUUCCACGUGGAAUACGGCCAACACUUCAACCAAUAUCUAUAUCUGAUAGCAUUGCAUUGCUACGGAGGGAUAGGCGGUCAUUGUGUAGCCUCAAUCGUUGCCGACAGCUUAUAUUAUACUCUGAUCCAGCAUGCUUGCGGAAUGUUCUCAGUUAUUGGACAUAUGCUGGAAAACAUCGGCAAAAAUAAUGAUAUUAAUUUCGAUUUGAAUCCAGAUAAGAUAGACGAUGAUAACUAUAACAAAACCUUGAAUUGUUUACGUAGACAUCUUCAUAUAAUACAAUUCGCGGAAUUUAUCGAAAUAAUCUACACGAAAAUAUAUCUGGUCUCUGCCAAUAUAAAUAUGAUAGCUGGUAGUUUAGUCGGUAUACAAGUGUUGAUGAAUAUAAAUAAGACAGCGAAGGAUAUCGUGGCACCCCUUACUGUCUACAUUGCACAACUUCUUCAUCUCUUUCUACAUUUUUGGCAGGCUCAAUUUCUCUUGGAUUACAGUGUUCUUCCAUAUGAAUCUAUUUGCAGAGCUAAUUGGUAUUAUACUUCGAAAAGAUGUCAAAAACUUCUUCUCUUAAUCAUGAAUAGAACGAUGAAACCAUGCAAAAUAACUGCCGGCAAAAUCAUGAUUUUAUCCAUCGAAAGCUUUGCUGCCGUUGUGAAAGCUUCAGUGUCUUAUCUCACAAUAUUCCGUUCUCUUCAGCAAUGAGUCGAUGUAUCUAUGCAACCAGUCGUAAUUAUCGAUUUUAUCUGACUGUGAAUAAAACGUAUAUGAAUAAACGUAAAGAAUAAAAAAUAAAAAAGAUAUUCUUUAAUAAC